GGUGGCCACAGCCGCUGCUAGUUGUCGAUGAUACUGUCAUUUACAGCCAGUUACCGUCACCGCCAGCAGCAACUCGAGGUCUGACACCGCAGCCCACUCGCCGCACUGCAGGUUCAAGUUCCUGCCACUGCACUAGCAUCAUCCUGCGUCUUGGCGCCGCCCACUGCGAAGAGAGAGAUUUCUCACUCCAGACUUUGCCUCUUCUUUCGAGUCUUCAAACCUGCUUUUGCCAGCUUAGAGCUCCGUUUCAACACAUCUAUUUCGUCUGCGACGACAUAGCGCAGGCGUCUGAGCAGAUCGAGCGAGUCCUCGAUUCUGCCAUUCUCACCCAAAAAAGCUCAAGAGAGCGCCCUACCCCGCCUUACAGGCAGAUAACAUCUCAACACCGCCAACAUGGUCAACUUCACGGUCGACGAGAUCCGGGCCCUUAUGGACCGUCCGGCCAAUAUCCGGAACAUGUCCGUCAUUGCCCACGUCGAUCACGGAAAAUCCACCUUGACCGACUCUCUGGUCCAGCGAGCGGGUAUUAUCUCUGCCGCAAAGGCCGGUGAAGCCCGUUUCACCGACACUCGAAAGGACGAGCAGGAGCGAGGUAUCACCAUCAAGUCCACGGCCAUUUCUCUGUACGCCCAUCUGCCGGAUGAGGAGGAUUUGAAGGAUAUCCCACAGAAGGUCACUGGUAACGAGUUCUUGAUCAACUUGAUCGAUUCGCCAGGACACGUUGAUUUCUCUUCGGAAGUCACCGCUGCUCUGCGUGUCACUGAUGGUGCCUUGGUUGUCGUCGACACAAUUGAGGGUGUCUGUGUCCAGACCGAGACCGUCUUGCGACAGGCCCUUGGUGAACGUAUCAAGCCAGUCGUUAUCAUUAACAAGGUCGACCGUGCUCUCCUCGAGUUGCAGGUCUCCAAGGAAGAUCUGUACCAGUCAUUCCUCCGAACCAUCGAGUCGGUGAACGUCAUUAUCUCCACCUACUUCGACAAGGCUCUGGGUGAUGUCCAGGUCUUCCCUGAGAAGGGUACCGUUGCCUUCGGUUCCGGUCUUCACGGCUGGGCUUUCACCAUCCGACAAUUCGCCAUCAGAUAUGCCAAGAAGUUUGGUGUUGACAAGGCCAAGAUGAUGGAGCGUCUUUGGGGCGACAACUACUUCAACCCCAAGACCAAGAAGUGGACCAAGACUGCCGAGCACGAGGGCAAGCAGCUCGAGCGUGCCUUUAACCAGUUCAUCUUGGACCCUAUCUUCAAGAUCUUCGAUGCUUUCCAGAAGGGCAAGGUCGACGAGUUGGUCAACCUGACCACCAAGCUUGACAUCAAGUUGACCAACGAGGAGAAGGAACUUCCUGGCAAGGGUCUUCUCAAGGCUGCCAUGCGCAAGUUCUUGCCUGCCGCCGAUGCUCUUCUCGAAAUGAUGGUUAUCCACUUGCCAUCUCCCGUCACUGCCCAGCGGUACCGUGCUGAGACCCUGUACGAGGGUCCUCCGGAUGACCCAGCCUGCAUUGCCAUCCGUGAGUGUGACCCCAAGGCCGACCUCAUGCUGUACGUCUCCAAGAUGGUGCCGACCUCCGAUAAGGGUCGAUUCUACGCCUUCGGUCGUGUCUUCGCCGGUACCGUCCGCUCCGGCAUGAAGGUCCGCAUCCAGGGCCCCAACUACGUUCCAGGCAAGAAGGAGGACUUGUACAUCAAGGCUAUCCAGCGUACUGUGCUCAUGAUGGGUCGUACCGUCGAGCCCAUUGAUGACCUGCCGGCCGGUAACAUUGUCGGUCUCGUCGGUAUUGACCAGUUCUUGCUCAAGUCUGGUACUCUUACCACCUCCGAGACCGCCCACAACUUGAAGGUCAUGAAGUUCUCCGUCUCUCCUGUCGUGCAACGUUCCGUCGAAGUCAAGAACGCCAACGAUCUGCCGAAAUUGGUCGAAGGUCUCAAGCGUCUGUCCAAGUCCGACCCUUGCGUCUUGACCAUGAUCAACGAGUCCGGCGAGCACGUCGUUGCCGGUGCCGGUGAGCUUCACUUGGAAAUCUGUUUGAAGGAUUUGGAGGAAGACCACGCCGGUGUGCCGCUCAAGAUCUCCGACCCUGUCGUCUCGUACCGUGAGACUGUCGGUGACAAGUCCAGCAUGACUGCUCUGUCCAAGUCGCCCAACAAGCACAACCGUCUGUAUGUUAUUGCUGAGCCUCUUGGCGAGGAGGUUUCCAAGGACAUCGAGAACGGCAAGAUCAACCCUCGUGACGACUUCAAGGCUCGUGCUCGUAUCCUGGCCGAUGAACACGGCUGGGAUGUCACCGAUGCUCGAAAGAUCUGGGCCUUUGGUCCUGACACCACUGGCGCCAACUUGUUGGUUGACCAGACCAAGGCUGUCCAAUACCUCAACGAGAUCAAGGACUCUGUCGUCUCUGGUUUCCAAUGGGCUACUCGUGAAGGUCCUAUCGCUGAGGAACCUAUGCGAUCGAUCCGAUUCAACAUCAUGGAUGUUACCCUCCACGCCGAUGCCAUCCAUCGUGGUGGUGGUCAGAUUAUCCCUACCGCCAGACGUGUGCUCUAUGCCGCCACUCUCCUUGCCGACCCUGGUCUGCAAGAGCCCGUCUUCUUGGUCGAGAUUCAAGUUCCGGAACAGGCCAUGGGUGGUAUCUACGGUGUCCUUACCCGCAGAAGAGGUCACGUCUUCUCCGAGGAGCAACGUGUCGGUACUCCUCUGUUCACCGUCAAGGCCUACCUUCCCGUCAUGGAGUCGUUCGGCUUCAACGCUGAUCUUCGUGCCGCCACUGGUGGUCAAGCAUUCCCUCAAUCCGUCUUUGACCACUGGCAAAUCCUUCCGGGUGGUUCGCCGCUUGACCCCAACACGAUGCCUGGAAAGGUCGUCGAGCAAAUGCGUACGAGAAAGGGUCUCAAGCCCCAAGUGCCAGGUUAUGACAAUUACUAUGACAAAUUGUAGAGCAUCCAGCUUGCAUGCACUGAUAGACAAGACCAUAACCACCUUACGAGAUGCAUGCAUGGGUGCAUGGUCCUGGAGCAUUGUAUGAUGGCCAAAGAAAAAGAAUUACCAAUGCAACGAAUGACCCGCUUGAAGCAAUGGACCGGCUCUGGAAACGUUGUCAAGCCAUGCAGUUGAGGGUGCCGCAAUGAUGGACUAGGCUUAGAGGGUGGAUGGUUGUAUUUGCAUUUCACCUCUACAAGACAUGAUACUUGUUAGUCUUGGAACAUCUGCUCCCACAACCAUUCGGUAGAUGUUGUCUCGCGUCCACCAGACAUCCAGGUAGAAAACGACCCUCAGGUAGAGGACAAAUGAUAUGAAGUGUUGAUAUCCCG